CAUUCGUCGAAUUGUUCUGAGUAGGCAGGCGUUCUUUCUGUGUCAUAUUUGUGCUAUCACCACGAAAACAUGGCGACAUACGUGCUGCUGGCUGCUGGUUGAACUUCACUGAGUAAGCAUUCUUUCAGUGUAUAUGGUUUGUAUUUGUGGUGUAUAUGUUUUGUGAGGCUAACCUCACAUAUUUUCUUUUCCAAGACGCCGAAAAUUGUUUUACCCUGGCAGUGAACAUUUGACAAAAAUUGGUAUUUGGUAGCCAACUGACAAAAUGACAAAUCCUCCCUUGAACAAUUCCUCUAAUGGAGAAGAUGAAGACCCAUGUACCACGAAUUUGAUCAAAACCAGGGAGUUUCUAUACAAGCUUAUAAUAAGCCAACUUUUCUAUGAUGGGCACCAAAGUAUUGGGCAGUCACUCCAGCAAGCUGUUCAAGCUGAGCCUAAUGCAGCACCUAGCGAUAGAUUAUUCCAUUUGGUUCUUACUGGCUUGGAACAUGAGCCUAGCUACAAAGAAAGACCACAGCCUCAUAUUGGCAUUGGCAAUAGCCAAAUUGGCCCUGGACUAGACUUGGAGUUUGAGACAGAAUCAAAUGUGCCAGCACCUGAGCCAGCACUAUACGAAACAGCAUAUGUGACAUCACAUAAAGGCAACUGUCGUGCUGGCUGUUUCUCGGCAGAUGGACAGUUGAUCGCAACAGGCAGUGUUGAUGCGAGCAUAAAGAUAUUGGAUGUAGACAGGAUGUUGGCAAAGUCGGCGCCUGAUGAAAUGGAUCCUUCUAGAGGUGAACAGCAGGGCCAUCCUGUAAUUCGGACAUUAUACGACCACAUGGAAGAAGUCACUUGCUUAGAAUUCCAUCCUAAGGAACCUGUAUUGUGCUCUGGGUCCAAAGAUAGUACCAUAAAGCUGUUUGACAUCUCUAAGGCAAGCGUGAAGAAAGCUUUCAAGACUAUCACAGAAUCUGAACCAAUCAAAGCAUUCUCGUUCCAUCCUGGCGGGGAUCAUUUACUGGUGGCGACUCAGCAUCCGGUCAUCCGCCUGUACGACAUGAACACGAUGCAGUGCUUCGUGUGCGCAUUCCCCCAACACCAACACACACAGGCGGUGACGUACGUGAAAUGGUCCAGGGACGCCAAGUUGUUCGCCACUGCCAGCAAAGAUGGCAACAUCAAAAUCUGGGACGGGGUGUCCAAUCGAUGCGUAAACACCUUUGUUAAGGCGCAUGAUGGCUUGGAGGUGUGCUCCGUCGUGUUCUCUAGAAACGGAAAGUAUUUGCUGUCAUCCGGGAAAAACUCCAUACCGAAGCUGUGGGAGUUGACCACCAGCAGGUGUCUCAUUGCCUAUACAGGUGCUGGAACUACAGGCAAACAAGAAUUUGAAGCCCAGACGGUGUUUAACCACACAGAGGAUUACGUUCUAUUUCCGGACGAAGCGACGACGUCGUUAUGCGCCUGGAAUUCCAGAAACGCAUCCAGAAAACAGCUGAUGUCCUUGGGCCAUAACGGCGCUGUCAGGCUGAUCGCACAUUCGCCCACACAGGCCGCUUUCCUUACCUGUUCAGAUGAUUUCAGGGCCAGGUUUUGGUACAGGAGAACUCCCAUAUUGUAGUGUUGUGAGGAGUCUGGGACGCGUCCUGGGAGCCAAAUUGCACCCAGCAAUUCCCGCAACGGACUCGAUGGGCAAAUUAUCUGAUACAUGUGAACGUGUGUGUUAUAAUUUUGUGCAUUUGGACCAGUUUACCUAGGAAGGUGCUGGUUACAUUGAAACAGCGUUAUAGUCAGGUACACCAUCAACAUGCAUUUUGUUUCAGAAUAUUUUCAUUUUCUUGACAUUCUUAGGGAUAAUAAAAGAUAUAACGUGUUCCA